CAGCAGUUUGAGACACGAUCGCGCUCAGUAACCUUACAAGAAGAGCAGCCCGAUGGACUUAAUGCAGUGCAGAAUAUGUUAGUAACAAGUGUUUGAAGAUGGGAUUACCGAAGAAAGUGACGAAACGCAGCGUGUGUAAUAGAUGUUUUCUAUUAGUGGUGACGAUUGCCUCGAUCAUCGGCACAUCAUUUGCACAAGAUGAUCCAGUGGUAAACAUCCAGGGUCUAGGUUCUGUCAUGGGAACCAUGGGAAAGACGGCCUGGACUGGACGACCCAUCUACCAGUUCUUCAACAUCAAGUACGCCGAGGCUCCGGUAGGAGAACAACGCUUCCGUGCUCCUCUCAGUGUUCGUCCAUGGACGGGUGUCAUGAAUGUCACCGCUCCUGGUCGUGGCUGUCCUCAGUCUCGCACAAUCACGCAAGAUGACCCUGAUGCCGAGGAUUGUCUCACGCUUUCCGUAUACUCCAACGAUCUUACGGCCAAUCGUCCCGUCAUGCUCUACGUCCACGGAGGUGCAUUCGUGGUUGGAUCCGCGGAGCGAUUCGGACCUGAGUAUUUGCUCGAGAAGGACAUCGUCCUCGUCGUCAUACAGUAUCGCUUGGGUACGCUCGGAUUUCUCUCUACCGGCACCGAAGCUAUCCCUGGUAACGCUGCAAUGUACGACGUGCUCGAGUCGCUUGAAUGGGUAUCCCGGCACAGUCGUAACUUUGGUGGAAACCCACUAGAAGUAACUAUCUUCGGUGAGUCUGCCGGAGGACAUGCAGUUUCCGCUAUGCUCCAUAGCCCCCGUGUUCGCGAGGGACUCUUCAAACGCGCCAUCAUCCAGUCCGGUACCUUGUUCAUGCCCUGGGUCAUCUGUCAGGAUCCUACCGAGGGCGCAUACGAGAUCGCUCGUAUUAUCGGUUGUCCCAUGACGACUCCUGCCGACAUCGAUAGCUGCCUUAAGGCCGCUUCAGUGCGGGAUCUGGUUCAGGCUCAAGACCAACAUAAAAAAAAUGAGUUCAGCUCACCAGGAUAUCCCAAAGUUGCUGGAGCUUGCAUCACCGUAGGAGGAGCUCUUGGGGCCCAAAGCUUCAUGCCCGUUCACCCCAGAGAGUCUACCUACUUCCGGAAUAUUGAGGUCAUCUUCGGAAUGAACUCCCAAGAGGGUCUUAUCUUCUUCAACGAAUACUUCCAAUAUGCUUUAGACUCCCAACCUAUUCAAUUCAACUCUCACUGGGACUUCCUGGAGUUUCUCAAGACCGUUAACAUCAAGUUUGGAUCUGGUGCCUUCGUCGAUGCCGUUGUUGGCUAUGAGCUCCUGUCCAAGGCCACCUGGGAGGAGAUGGAUCGUGCUAACUUCUCGGAGAUAGUUCCUCUAUUCAUUGAUGUUGCUGGAAACUUGGCCCUCAAGUACGGAUCCGUUGAGGAGGCUAAUCGAUUCGCUAGAGCGCUUCCCGGGCAAGUCUACCUCUACAACUUUGACUACGUUGGUCCACCAUCUCCAAUGACUCCCGGAUUCCCCUACGAUUUCCCCAACUCAGUGGGUCAUGGCGAUGAGCUCAAGUUCUUGUUCCCCAUGUCGAACGUACUGAACGAAGAACACACCCAAAUGGCUAAGAUCAUGGUGGAUCUUUGGACGUCCUUUGCGAUCACUGGGAAACCUCAAGCCGGCAAUGUCAUUCCAUGGCCACCUGUAUCAAGACCAUUUGGACCGUACUUACGACUCGUGAACCCUCCGGAGCAGAAAGAGUACUUCGUCCAUGAGCUUACAAACAGCGUUGUGAAGGCUAGACAGUCAAAUGACAGCGUGCAAAUGCAGUUAUCUUUUCUAGCAUGCCUGCUAUCACUACUUACUGCAUUGAUAUUGGCGCGAGAAGUCACCGCUGCGUUGAGCUUACAAAAGGGACCACCCUGUCGGGGCCGUCGAUUAGUCGUCGAUUGCCUGUUGAAAGGUUCGCACACUGUCCUUCUUGGAGGUGUUUGUUGGUGCUGGUGGUGGUUGGAGGCUCACACAAAAAAGAAGAAGAACAAUCAAAAUUUAACAGUGACAAUGCAUGUGCAGUGGAUUUCGGUCAGCUUGGUGGUGUUAUCAGUGUGCUUGGUGCCUCUGUUGUGCAGUGCCGGUGUUAGCGGUCAACAGAACUCGCCGAUCGUAGUGAUUGAUGGGCUCGGUACGGUACAAGGAACACGGGGCCGUACCGCCUGGACGGAUCGGGAAAUUUUCAAAUUCUACAACAUCCGCUACGCGGAAGCUCCGAUCGGCCAGCAACGGUUUCGCAAUCCAAUUCCCGUGAAACCGUGGAGCGGCGUGUACAAUGCAGCGCUCCCGGGGAAACCAUGCCCCCAGAUUGGCAUGAACAUGAGCACCAGUGAUUUAGCGGCCGAAGAUUGUCUCACACUGUCGGUGUAUACGCAAAAUGUAACUGCCAACCGUCCCGUGAUGGUGUUCAUACAUGGUGGUGCGUUCGUCGUCGGGUCCGCCUCACUCUACGAACCGGACUAUCUGCUCGAAAAGGACAUUGUGCUGGUGUCAAUCCAGUAUCGGCUCGGUCCGCUCGGCUUUCUUUCCACCGGUACCGCCAACAUCCCGGGCAAUAUGGCCAUGCUCGAUAUGAUCACCGCGCUGGAGUGGGUUUCGAACAAUAUUCGCUUCUUCGGCGGCGACCGUACCUCGGUGACGGUGUUCGGUGAGUCGGCGGGCGGAGCAGCCGUAUCGGCCCUGCUGUACAGUCCAACGGUGCGGGAAGAUCUAUUCCACCGUGCCAUCAUACAGUCCGGGUCCAUCUUUUCGCCCUGGGCGACUUGUAAAUCACCAAAGGAAGGGGCGCUUGACAUUGCAAGGCGCGUCAACUGUGAUCGACCGGUGGAAACGAUGGAAGACUGCUUGCGGAAUGUGCCCGCGCUACGGCUGAUGGAGGCGUACGAGGAGCACAAGAACACACAGUUCAACAUUACCGGCUAUCCGGACGUUUCCGGCGCGUGCAUCGUCAUCGGCGAAGCUUCACCGUUCAUGCCGAAGCACCCGAAAACGCUACCGCGCAGUGCAUUCCGCAAUGUGGAGCUGCUGGCCGGUACUACCGCACAGGAAGGGCUCAUGUUUUGGGAAGGCGUGUACCGGUACGGACUGUCCUACAGGCCGGAAACUAUUCAAUCCUCCUGGGAGCUGCUGCAGCUCAUCGACACCAUCAACGAGCGGUUUGGCGCGAGCUCGAACGAUGGUUCGCACACGUGGCAUCAACUUUUCAGCACCUUCCUCACGACCGAGAUCGAUCGGGCCAACUACACUGAGCUGCUUCCCGGCCUCGUGGAUAUCUGCGGAAAUCUUGCCAUCAAAGCGCCGGUCUUGCAGGACGUGACACGAUUCGCUCACGCUAACCCGGGCAAGGUGUAUCUGUACAGUUUCGAUUACAGCGGCGUACCGUCCAUGUACAACUUCUCCUCCACGGACGAUGAGUUCAAGUAUCCCUACCACAACAAUUCGUUCCACGCGGAAGAUCUGUUCUAUCUGUUCCCGCUCGGGCAGCGUCUCAAUCCGCGCGAUACUGAGAUCGCAAAGGCGAUGGUCGAUCUGUGGACGUCGUUUGCAGUCAGUGGACGCCCUGCGGCAGCAGCAUUAAAACAGAGCUGGAAUCCCGUGUCGCAUUUUAACGGACCGUAUCUAAAAAUAAACGAAGCGUACGAGGAACGGCAAAACUAUUUCAACGAAUUCACCGCCUCCACUGAUAAGGCCAGACAGCAGCGGUCGGCGGCUACUCUUUUGGGGCUUUCGCGGGCAACCAUAGCCGUGGUAGCAUUGCUUUACAGUGUAAUUAGACACUUUAUGUAAUAAAUUUAAAAAAAAAAACACUCACAUUUCCCCUACAGUA